AUGCAUUUCUUGCUGUCUCAUUUUGAGGGUUAUAAUGCAAGCACGUCUCAAGAUCCCCAAUCAAAAAAUCUUCUUCAUGACUCCCAUCAGCUACCUGGAAGUAUUGUUUUUGAAAAAUUUGCUAAUGUUAAUUCCAAGGAAAUUGACAUCCACUGGCCUCAUGACUGUUGCAUUCUUAGGAGCUCCAUUGAUCAGCUUUCCUUGUCGACUACUGAAGCCAGUAAUGCCUCUCUGCCUGCUGAGAACUUCAGUCCUAAGUCUCAUGUGAGCCAAAGUUCCAGCGACUCACCUUUGUUGUUGGUGAUCUUGCGAAUGGACUCUGUAGCUCGAGUGUCGAUGUUGAGAAAACGCAUAAAUGCGAUAGAGGCCAUGAUCACUCUGUCAAGGAAUGACUGUCUCUGGCUAUUUUCUCUGUGUGCAGUAGUUGAUACUCCACUAGAUGCCGAUACUAGUGCUUCCCUUAGGAGUCUGCUAAGAAGGUGCGCUGCCUUGCAAGCUGCAAAGUAUGUACUCGACGACGAGGUAGUAAUGCUGAAUAUUCUUGCCACAAUUUCAGGUAGAUAUUUUGGGCAGUCAGAAAACUGAAGCUUUCUAAUAUAUUACAUCUCUUCUUGAAGAAAGGCUCAGGUAUUAUUUUGUUGGGAGUUUCACUA